UCUUGCGCUCACAGUGCAGUGGAGUCGGAUCGGCAGCGAGACGCAACAGAAAGCUACCCCGCACCAUUACCAGAGUGGCUAGCUAGCCUAAUUGAGAUUUAGCUCGCUUUUAAAUGUACUGCGUUCUGUUGGGACCAACUCAUUUAAACACGGACUCUGAGCUAUUGAAGCGCAAACCACCGUGCGCAAAGAUUGACCAACAUCUGCUCUAUUAUUGAAGCGCUGUUGUCGAAUAAUGUAUCCACAUUGACUGAGAAAGGAGCGAUAUAAGGGACUACAGCGAGAACAUCGGAGAUUUAUCUGUUUCUAUUUGCAGCAACCAACACGGAUCUUGUUCCUUCCAAUCGCAAGAGGGGAAAUGUGAAUUGAGUAGCAAGUUGCCCGAAGUCUCUCCUUAUGGAUGUAGCACUUUCAGCAGCAUGAACCCGAAAUAAGGAGCCAGGCGCGCAAGCCUCAUUCUGCUGUGAGACACACAAUUGGGUCCGGGUGAAGUGGACUUUGCGCCCCAGUUCCAAGGAUCAGCGCUUCCCUGCCUGCUCCACACCGGCAGCUGUCCUUCAUGUUAUGGUUGUUUUGAUGGAUGUAUAAGUGUAUCUCCGAGGUUUUCACCGGGACCCACAUAAAAGGCAAUCACCAAGAAACAGAAGCCCAAUAUUCACAUCGAUCGAAUGGAACUUGGAUAUUCUGGUGCCUAAUAGACUUUAUCAAGGAUUGAUCAUUAAGAGCAAAGACCGACAAAAAAGGUCCGGUUUUUGGUGUGUGUGUGUUGAGUUUGCCAAUGCCCGGAAUUGGUGUGUGACGCCAGGGUUAGCUCCCCUUCAUUAUUUUGCUAUCACACACACCUGCAAGAUGGUGAAUGUCUAUACAGUUUGCAUCGUCAUACUCUGUCUGACUGUUGGACUCCUGACCAAAGCCAUCGGGCCAGAAGACGUAAAAACAAAAGAUCUGAGAGUGCCUCGGCCACUCAUCUUGCCUCAUUACCCGGAGAAUGCUACAGCGGUUGUAGGGGGACAGGUUAAGCUGCUGUGUAAGGUCCACCGGCCGGCCUUCACCAAGGUUCAGUGGCUGAAGAGAGACGGAGAUCGCCUGGGAGCCGAGGGCCAGCCACAUCUUAGAGUUCUGACGGCACUCCAGAGCAACAUCUCCAAAGUGAACUCUCUGUCACUGAGCAACGUUUCUCUGGGGGACACUGGGGAGUACAUCUGUAUGGCUGAGACCACCACACAAGCUGGACACCAGCUUCAGUCCAUGCAGUCUGCCUGGCUACAGGUUCUACCAGAGACCCUGGUCUCUCGUUCCCUGGACCAAAGUACGGCCAUUGAAGUCCCAGCAGUUGUCCUGGAUGACCUUAGUGAGGACACCAAUGAGCACCUGCUCCUGGAACCAGGCGAUGUCCUCAAGCUGCGCUGUGACACCAACCAACCAGGGGGCGUGUACUGGUACAAAGAGUGGACCCGGGUGCUGCACACCGCCCGCAUCCAGAUCCGCGGGGGCGUUAUAGAGAUCACAGACGUGACGUACGAGGAUUCUGGGGUGUAUGUGUGUGUCCUCCGGGGAACCAAGGAGGCCCUGAGGAAUUUCACCAUCACUGUAGCAGACUCACUGGGCUCAGGUGAUGAUGAUGAGGACAAUGGUCUAGAAGACACGUCAGCUGAGAUCGAUAAUGACCAGGUCUACUUCACAAGAGGUCCCUACUGGACCCACACCCAGCGCAUGGAGAAGAAGCUGUACGCAGUGCCGGCAGGGAACACGGUCAAGUUCCGCUGCCCGGCAAUGGGCAGCCCUCUACCCUUCAUCCGCUGGCUGAAGAACGGACACGAGUUCAGGGGAGAGCACCGCAUUGGAGGCAUCAAGUUGAGACACCAGCACUGGAGCCUGGUGAUGGAGAGUGUGGUGCCUUCAGACCGUGGGAACUACACCUGUCUGGUGGAGAACAAAUACGGCUCCAUCACACACAGCUACCUUCUGGACGUGCUGGAGCGCUCCCCACACAGGCCUAUCCUGCAAGCUGGUCUGCCAGCCAACACUACAGCGGUGGUGGGCACUGAUGUCCAGUUCUUCUGUAAGGUCUACAGCGAUGCCCAGCCUCACAUCCAGUGGCUGAAACACAUUGAGAGAAACGGCAACCGCUACGGUCCAGACGGGACUCCUUACGUUCAGAUACUGAAGACAGGCAGCCUAAACAUGUCGGAGGUGGAAGUUCUCUACCUGACUAACGUGACCAUGGAGGAUGCUGGAGAGUACACCUGUCUGGCUGGAAACUCCAUCGGCUACUCCUACCAGUCUGCCUGGCUCACUGUCCUCUCAGAAGAGGACGUAGCUGACGAGGUGGACUUAAUGGAGACCAAGUACACUGACAUCAUCAUCUACGCGUCUGGCUUCCUGGCUCUGGUCAUGGCCAUCGUGAUUGUGGUGCUGUGUCGCAUGCAGGUCAACCCAAGCAGAGAACCCUUCGAUGUCCUCCCCGUCCAGAAACUCUCCAAGUUCCCCCUCCGCAGACAGUACUCUGUGGAUUCCAACUCGUCAGGGAAGUCCAGUGCGUCUCUGAUGAGAGUGGCCCGCCUGUCUUCCAGCUGCUCCCCCAUGCUGGCCGGAGUCAUGGAGUUUGAACUGCCCUACGACCCUGACUGGGAGUUUCACAGGGAGAAUCUGACUUUAGGGAAGCCACUGGGUGAGGGCUGCUUCGGUCAGGUGGUCAGAGCUGAGGCCUAUGGGAUCAACAAGGACCAUCAGGAGAACAUCUCCACUGUGGCCGUCAAGAUGCUGAAAGAUGAUGCCACAGACAAAGACCUGUCAGAUCUCAUAUCUGAAAUGGAGCUGAUGAAGGUGAUGGACAAGCACAAGAACAUCAUUAACCUCCUGGGGGUGUGCACACAAGAAGGUCCUCUGUACGUGCUGGUAGAGUAUGCAUCUAAAGGCAGCCUCAGGGAGUACCUGCGGGCCCGACGGCCCCCCGGCAUGGACUAUACCUUUGAUGUGACCAAAGUGCCCGAGGAGCAGCUCACCUUCAAAGACCUGCUGUCCUGUGCCUACCAGGUGGCGCGUGGCAUGGAGUACCUGGCCUCCAAAAGGUGCAUCCACAGAGACCUUGCUGCCAGAAAUGUCCUCGUCACAGAAGACAACGUCAUGAAAAUCGCAGACUUCGGCCUUGCAAGAGGAGUACACCAGAUCGACUACUACAAGAAAACCACCAACGGACGUCUGCCAGUGAAGUGGAUGGCACCAGAGGCCUUGUUCGACCGAGUCUACACACACCAGAGUGACGUGUGGUCGUUUGGCGUGCUGAUGUGGGAGAUCUUCACCCUGGGGGGCUCACCGUACCCCGGUAUCCCCGUGGAAGAGCUCUUCAAGCUGCUGAAGGAGGGCCACCGCAUGGACAAACCCUCCAACUGCACACACGAACUCUACAUGAAGAUGAGGGAGUGCUGGCAUGCUGUGCCCACACAACGACCCACCUUCAAACAGCUGGUGGAGGAGCUAGACAGAGUGCUGCUGUCUAUCUCUGACGAGUACUUGGACCUGUCGACACCUUUUGAACAGUACUCCCCGUCGUGCGAGGACACCUCCAGUUCUUGCUCCUCGGACAAUGACUCUGUCUUUACCCACGAUGCCCUGUCCACUGACCCCUGUCUGCUGGGUUACCACGACGUGCAUUCUCGGGUAGACAUGAAAACGGCACUGCGGUAGACUGUGGCUCCAACGGGAGUCCUCUGGCUCAAAGGGCAUUACCUGGAGAAGUUUGCGUUAGAAAACAACCAUGUUGCAUUAAAAGUGUAACUUGGACUGUCUGCUCUGGGACUGUGCCUAAGAACAGUAUCUCAAACCUUGGCACUACAGGACCCUGGUCAUCUAAAAUGGCUGCCUCUUCUUCUUCUUAUCAGGUUUGGGGUGUUAUAGUAAAAUGACUCUCUUUUGUUUGGGUCUCUACAGAGAGGAUCGACAAUGGGCUUCUUGUACUCAAACUCAUCCGAGCUUGUCUCUGAACGGUAUCCAAACUGGGCUUUUAAACCAGAAAAAUAUGUUUUAACAAAAAAUAUGUUUACACUUCAUUUUAAGUGUCCAUAAUAAACCAUUCAUAAGGCAUUAUGAGGCAUUUACAAAUAGUUUUCUCACAUUUUAUUACUAAUUAUUCCUACAUUUGUAAAUGUUAGUAAGCAAGUUAUUCACACAUGUAUAUAUAUUUCCAUAAACAUCCUGUGUUGAAUGCUUAUUCUUUUACCAGGUACUGCUGGAAUGUCUACCAUCUUUUUGUGAGAAAUGACACGGGUCACUCAAAAUCUUCAGAAAGUGUUUAUAAAGUAUAAAUAGUGCACACUUUAGAUUACGGACUGCAAAAAUACUUUACUAAUAAUUAGUAAAUGGUUUAUAAAUGCCUUAUAAAUUAUUUAUUGCAGACCUUUAAAAUAAGGUGUUACCAAAAAUAUUUAUUUUGAUAUAAAAAAAAACAGAGAAGUUUAUUGUUAAAUAUAAAUCUCUCUGUAUAUAAGAUUAUUUUGCUAUUUAAAAUUGUCUUAAAUCUCAGGAUCUCUUGUAUUAAAAAGUUGCUGUAGGGGCAGCAAAGUGCCUGAAUUUUUUGAUUUCCUUUGAAUAUAUUAAAAUAUACAAAUAUUUUAUGUACAUAUCACAAAAAAAGACAAUUACCUUUUAUAAAUUAUUCUAAAUGCUACGAAAAUGAAGGUGUUCAUCUUCAACUGAGGUGAAGAAAGAAACAAUGUAUUCAAGUGUUUUAACGGACAAAAUGUCCUCGCGAUUCUCAUUCCAUUUCAUCAAAACAACCUCAGCCCCGUUUGUACUCUGCUCUGGCUUUACAUGGCAUUGAGGCCAGUCGGUCAAAGCCCUCAGGACCCCCAAUCCCUUAUGCUUUCAAUUGUUGCAUACAUAAACUAACUGUAAGAACAGUAUGGUCUGGGCCCUGAAAGAGAAGAAUACAAUUCAACACAGGACACUGUGGGAAUACAGGGGGAGCAGCCCAGCUUCUACUGUCAGUGCUGUAUGAAAAGAAAAGGACUGGACCUGCAUGUCUGAAUGUGAAAGACCCAGUGUGAUUGAUUUCUAAUGGGAGAAUCCUCCUCUUUUGUUUCCCCUCUAAACCCUUUGACCAGGCCCAGUGUGUUUGCAGGGGUACAGGCUGAGGCCGGACCUGGACAAUAGGCUCUUUGGCAAUCCUGAUGGUUGUGACUGUGGGGACACUGUGGGGACAGGGAGGGUAGGGUGAUACAGGGGUAGCCUGAGCCCCUCAGCCUGGGCCUGUGUGCAAAUGAAGAGUCCCUUAUUAUGUUAAUGCAUGGCUCCCACUGAUAGCCAUCUUUAUCCUGCUACCAUCUUCAAUAUACAAAUGCUAAUUCUGAUGCUCUGUUACCAUUGGGAAGAACUCUAGAAAUGUCCUCCAGGGAAUGCAAAGGGUUCACCUCAAAUCAUAUAGAUAAGCCUUGCAUGUUGCUGUUUCUACAACGCUUCACAAUCUAACUGCCCUGGGUUGUUUUUCAUUCAGAUGACUCAAAAGCAUUUUUAGAAUAAAGAUUGUGAUGUUGUCAGCUGAAAGCAAAGCAUAAUGCUCAUACAGUAAAAAUAAAGAAAUAACAAAAGCUAUUCAGGUAGCAGGGCAGUGGGGAUGGCUACCUUUUUGUGUAUAUUGAUAUCCUUACUGUUGAGUUGUGAGAUUUAUGUGGUGUGUCAUCAUUUUUAUAAAACAAAACAUUCAGCAAAUUAGCUCAAAAAUAUGUUUUUUUCUCCUGUAAGGCAGCUAUACCAAUGCAUGACCUCCAACUGAAAACCAAACCAUGAGCUUCAGAACAGCCUCUUUGAAUUGAACUUAGCCCUUCGACAUCGAGAGGUUUAUCACAAAGAUCUUCAGUGUUGUUGUUUUGAUUCCCAUACUACACAAAGUCAGGAUCAACUGCAUGACAUUCCAUUUAUGUACGCCCAAUACAAUUGUAACAAUCACAAUGUUCUUUAAAAGAAAUCCUCAAGAAUAUUAUUUUAGAAAUAUCUAAUUUAUUUGUUUUAUUGUUUUGUUUUUAUAUGAAAUAAAGUAUAAUUUAAAAUAUCAA